GUUUCUGUUUACAACAAACAAUCGCUCGAAAUGUCGCUAGCCCUACCACGUUCAUCAUCCGCCCUCUCGGCCCCAAGGUCCGGCAACCAACCUCUCGACAGGCAAGACCUCGAUGAAGCCGACGAUGUCGACGACUCUGAUCUCAUGGGUGUACCGCAACCGGAAAAGCGCAUGGUAGAUGCCGACCUGGAUGGCAAGGGCGACUCUGAUGGGGAUGAUGACAAGGACGAUGAUUAUGAUGACCGGGGUGAGGCGGGGCCCGCGUAUCAGCACAUGGGCGGAGCAGCCUUGGGAGGGAAGGGUAAAGGGAAGAAGAAGGAUAACGGGCAGUAUAUUGAAGAGAAGGCAAAGAGAAAGAGGGCAGAAACAUAUAUGUUGCGAGGCCAGAUGGAUGAAGACCAGGGAAGACGGUUCGAUACAUUCAGUACUGUGGCCUUGAACAAGAAUGUAAUCAAGAGGCUGAAUAGGGACCUCUAUGAUCAACACUGUACGCCACAACUAUCACAGGUAGUAGCAGGUAUGGCAAAGAUCUUUGUCGCAGACGUGAUCGAAAUGGCCAAGGAGCUCCAACCCCACUCUGCCAAUCCUGCGGGUCCCUUGCUGCCUUACCAUCUCAAGUUGGCCAAGAUGUGUCUUGAACAAAAGGGUAUGACUAGAAGCAACGUCCAAACACCUGCCAAUGGAUUACGGGGAAAGAAGGCUCUUUUCAGAAGGAGAUGACUUGAAGCGAGCUUGAACCGAAAGAUAUUAAGCUCAAGGUUGUAUCAAUAUACUCAUGUUGUAUCCAGAUGUACAACAUAGAAAACUUCAGUGACCAAGAUGAGAUAUUGCCGUUCAGAAACACAGUGUCCUGCCAUGGCUAUAGCGCUACGUCUUCUCAUGGACGAGAUUUGAGUACCUCUGACUAUCUGUGAUCAAAAAAGCAGACGGCUACGCUCGGUCGUGCCAAAGUUUUGAGAAUGAUUUCUCGAGCAGAGUCUUACACGCUUGAUGAUGAGAAUGAGCAUUUUACCUCCAUGGCUUCCAUGUUCCCGCUUACUUUCUCGCUCUUGAAUCUCUUCUUCAAACUCUCAUGGGGCCGUGGCUGACAUUGCUCGUCCCCACCCUUCCGCCUUGCGUACAGCCUCCAUUACACUUAUAGAUGGAAGAUUAGUGUAUCAACGAGCGCCCACCAUAGUCUAGACUGGACUCGUAUCA